AUGCCGGAGCCUGUCCCUCCAGUUCACGCGAUAGCAUUCGAAGAAACUGUCACAUCCACCGCACCCCUUCCUACAAAGUCUGUGUCCGCGUCCAUACCCCCGGAAGCAAGUUUGCACGGCGACGAAGCCCAGGUGGACCAUAAUGUGUCGAAUUUAGAGCUUUAUGGUGACUCUACAAAGCCUAUCAACGGCCAUGAAUCGAAGGAUCACGCGCCGUUACAGUCGGAUCGAAUUAACAAAGUCAUUGGCGCUGAGGAGCAGCGUAGUAUAAGAUCACCUACGAGUAUUCCGAGUAUCAAAGUCGAUGACGCGUCUUCUCGUCCCAGCUCACGAUGGUCUGAACGGAGAUGGGGGGUUCUCAAAGGUCGCAAAUCAACCGAGUCGGUGCGAGCGCGAACUUCGCCGGCGCCCGGCAGCUCAGACGAGGCUUCUUUCCAGGGAAUUACCAUGAACAUUCCGACUACAAACUUUCAAGAUUUGACUCUCGAGUCUAUGGAGUUCUCUAAACGCGACAGCGUGAUCAAGGACAAAAACUCCGCGGCGGCCGAAUCUGCUACAACCACUGAUUCCGUUGCCACUUCAUCGCCACGUAAACGAAACUCGAGCUUUCUACGUGUCAGGCCCUCUACAAUUACCUCACGAGCUGUUUCUGCUGAUGAAGACAUGCUGUCGCGCCGUGUCAGAUUGAUGUACGAAAAAGGCGAAGAUAACGUGACCGAUGCCGAGAUUAGCAGGUCAAUCGCGGAAGAUAAUGGCAUCUUAUGGGAAGAGCCAACCCCAGUCGAGGGCAGCACUGAUCAAUUUCCGGACGUAAAUGGAUCCACUGCAGACCUCAAAAACAUGGUUUCAGUUGGUGUCAACAGUUCCAUCAAGCGAGAGUCAAAGGAGCUUGCCGGAGGAAUUGAGGACUGGCAGAAUGUAAACGCAGGUGACGUCGAUAGAUAUGGAUUUAUCAUCCAGCGGCCUAAGAACGGUGAUACUGCGGAGCCACAAUCAAUUCAGCGCGUUUCGACGAGCUUGCUUCUUGCUUCUGAAUCGCCUCGGCGAAAGAAUACAUUCAGAAAGUCUCUAGCAACAGCACGAAGCAGUAGCAGAUCGCUAGCCAGUAAAUCACCAACACGUGACCGCAAAAUGUCUGAAUCUUCCAAUCGUCCAAGUUCGUCCCAAAGUGCAUAUAGCCCCUCAUUAAAAAGAUCGCCAUCCAAGUUUCGUUAUGCAACAAAUCGACUACCUCAUAACAAAGACCGUCGAAUUAGAGACGAGGCGGGGGACAUGCUAACACUGCCAUUUGAGCUUCCCGAAACCACAGAAGAAAUUCCUGUUUCAAUGUCCAUGAAGAAGAAAGAAUGGGAACGCGAAGAUAAAUGGAUGAAGAUGGCAAAAUCAACCAAAAAGAUGCAUGAUGGAAGUGGCAUGACGUUUGAGUUCGAUACCAGCAGUUCAAAACUCAUAGAACGAACAUGGAAAGGAAUCCCGGAUAGUUGGAGAGCCACGGCAUGGUACGCCUUUUUAGAAUCCAGUGCCAAAAAACGGGAUGGCAGUCCGUCGGCCGGAGAAUUGAUCCGAGCGUUCCGUGAAUAUCAGCAUAUCUCCUCUCCAGAUGAUGUUCAAAUUGACAUUGAUGUACCACGUACUAUCAAUAGUCAUAUCAUGUUCCGUCGGCGGUAUCGCGGUGGACAGAGGCUUCUCUUCAGAGUGUUGCAUGCUAUGUCGCUCUAUUUCCCAGAAACAGGAUAUGUGCAGGGCAUGGCGGCACUCGCGGCGACACUUUUGGCAUACUACGAUGAAGAACGUGCAUUCGUCAUGCUCGCCCGGCUUUGGAUGCUGCGUGGAUUACAGCAUCUUUAUAAGGAAGGGUUUUCCGGCUUGAUGGAAGCUCUAGGCGACUUUGAAAAGGAAUGGCUAGGCAACGGUGAGGUGGCUGGCAAGCUGAAUGAAUUGGGUAUUCCGCCCACAUCAUAUGGCACCCGCUGGUACUUAACACUGUUCAACUACUCUAUACCUUUCCCAGCACAACUACGUGUAUGGGAUGUAUUUAUGCUUCUCGGAGAUGCCGAGCCGUCUUCUUCGAAAUCAAAUGUGAACACCAAACAUACUUCCAAAUCCCAUUCUGAACAGACAAGCAGCUCAUUUGGUCAGGAGCUUAACGUUCUACACGCUACCUCUGCCGCUUUGAUUGACGGAAUGCGCGACAUUGUUCUAGAGUCUGACUUUGAAAAUGCCAUGAAAGUGCUCACUAGCUGGGUACCCAUCAAAGACAUUGAAUUAUUCAUGCGAGUCGCUCGGGCAGAAUAUAAAGUGCACCACCAUCGCAAGAGGAGCGCGUAA